AUGAAGUUUUACACUACUUCUCUCUUUCCAAUCUUUUUGGGCCUUGUCACUGCUAAUGCGCCAUGUCCUACCAUAACCACCACCGCCGAAUUGUGUAGCACUUGCAUGCUCAAGAUGUGCUUGGCCAUCUCGACUGUGCCUGUGCCCAGCAGCUGUGGCGUAUCCACAUCGACGACCUCCUACCCGUGCUCUGAGAACAGCUGCCCCAGUGGCUGCGCGUCGACGAGCUACAUAUACUCCCUCGACUGGCACGAUCCCACCGAGGCGCCGCCUCACCCUACCGCCACCGAUGGUCCGGCCUGCCGUCCCAACUAA